AGACCCACACACAGACCCACACACACCGACAGCGACCGCAGCAGCGCAGAAAGUCGGCGGCAACAGCGAGAGAACGGCGGCUCAGAGCGAGGAAUCCUGACAUGCCAGUCUUUCGCCUCCACACCUGGCAAGGAGAGGAACGCAUACACCUGGCGGUUGUGGCCUGUGGUGAUCGGCUCGAGGAGACGAUGACGAUGUUGAAAUCGGCCGUCCUCUUCAGCGCGGGCAAAUUGACGUUCCACAUUUUCGCUGAAGAUUCCCUGCAGCCUCAGUUCGAACACGGAAUCAAAGCCUGGCCGUUUUCACACCGCUCCAAGGUGGAAUACAGAAUCUACCCCAUCACCUUCUCAGUGGGCAAUCCACAGGAGUGGAAAAAACUGUUCAAGCCCUGUGCUGCUCAACGUCUCUUCCUUCCGAUGAUCCUGAAAGAUGUGGAUUCGCUCCUGUACGUAGACACGGACGUGCUCUUUCUCAGACCGGUAGACGAUGUCUGGAACCUCCUGAAGUUGUUCAACUCCACGCAGCUUGCAGCCAUGGCCCCAGAGCACGAAAUUCCCAAAAUCGGCUGGUACAGUCGCUUCGCGAGGCAUCCCUUCUACGGAGCAGCUGGAGUCAACUCGGGAGUCAUGCUGAUGAAUUUGACUCGGAUCAGGAACAAAGUGUUCAAGAAUAGCAUGAUUCCAACCGGCCUAAAAUGGGACGAGCUUUUGUAUCCUUUGUAUCACAAAUACAAGAACUACAUCACGUGGGGAGACCAGGACUUAUUGAACAUCAUCUUUCACUACAACCCAGAAUGCCUAUACGUGUUCCCUUGUCAGUGGAAUUAUAGGCCAGACCACUGUAUGUACGGCAGCAAUUGUAGGGGAGCGGAGGACCAAGGGGUUUCUGUGCUGCACGGGAACCGCGGAGUUUAUCACGACAACAAACAACCUGCCUUUAAGGCAGUGUACGAGGCUUUACGGGAUUUUCCUUUUGAGGAUAACCUCUUUCAGUCUCUCUAUUUCCCGCUGCAAAGCAGCUUCAUGAAAACUGUGCACACGCUGUGCGGGAGACUUCCUCAAGUCUUCCUGAAGCAGAUCGAACAAACGAUGAGGAAAGUCUACGAGAAGCGAGUUCUCCGCACGGGAUAACGGUCAGAGAGAGAGAGAGAGAGAAGGGGGAAAUAAAAACGAAACACGAAGACCCCAGUCCAUGCUCUGUCCUGGGCUAUAGCCGAGAGGGAAACCCGACAGCUUGUAAGAUUUCCAGUUUUAGUUUGGACAGACGUGGGAUUUACUUGAGUGGAUUACCACAGACUGGAGACGCACAACCCCAGCUUCGGAGGACCAUUGCGUUUGGAACCUCGAUUGAACCACUGAUCGGACUCCGUGCUCCGUCGAUACCGUGCUGCGGCUCAGAUGUACCUUCGGAUCAUUCCCUACGGCUGGCAAACGUUCACCUGGUUGAGCCAGGAAGGAGAUGGUGAAGUAUAACGCACAGCAGCCAGCGCCCACCAGCACAUGUGGAGGAACGUACCUAACGUUGGAAGAUGGUAUAACCCAGCACCACUUGAACCCAUUGAAACUGGUGAACCUAUUAUGCAUUUGAACAUCUCUCUCUAUAUAUACAUAUAUACAUAUACAUACCAAGGAAGAUACAGUCCAGCUCCCGAGAUUGAAGAAGUUUUACAUCAUUGCUAUUAACUGUUUGUGUAUUAAUUCAAUUGAUUAUUCUCUCCCUCACACACACACACAUACACAAACACUUAUAUACGUCACUGCUAUUCUGACCAGCUGUUUUCGGUCUCUAUUUUGCAGAAACUAUGUUUUUCAGCCAUUCCAGCCCUGAUCUCUGGAACUCCAUCCUGGAGUCCCUCUGCCUUGGCCCCCUGCUUACCCGCAUAAAGACCUACCUUUUCGAACAGGCUUUCGGCCACCUUUCUCUCUCGCUCUUUCCCUCCCCUCAGCUCAUGCUCCCAGUCAGUUGUGUGAUGUGCUUCGGAUGUCCGCCCGACCUCGUACAAAUGUAAAUUGUUGCUGUUUGUGUUUGAAGCGAAGUGGACUUUGUUUUGCUUCAUUCACGUUCCACAGAGACGUAGCCACGGAGCAGUUGUGCGCACGACUGAAAUGGAGUCUGGGCAGCAAAACAUUAUCUCACAUAGAACGCAGAUAUGAAUGUGAUUCCCACAGGAUGUUGGUGCUUUUUCACGGAGAACUUAUUUGAGAAGGGAUUGGAGGAAAUUCCUUUGUAAACUUGCCCUGGAACCAACAGAGUUUCAUAAAGUAUUUAGAAUCAAAUCUCACGUAACAACGUUACUCCCUACUGUGGCAACUUCAGUUUCUAACCAUAAAAAUGCCCAAAUUGUUCCCCAACGUCAGCUAUUGUAUUGUGAGUGAGAGCUCACGUGAUGCAUGAUGUUUGUUCUGUGCUGUUUUCAUAAAACGGAUGAGGACAGGCCGGUCCCGCUGGUUAAUCAGAGGUCAAUGUUACACAAGCUGAUCUCAGCCGGCAGCAAAUACAAUUGGCAGCGGCUGGGGUUGAGGCUGCAAAUAAACCGUGACCUGGGUUCUCGAUCGCGACGCCAUCGGAUGGGUUGGGUGAGAGUAGGAGAAAGUUGGUAGCAGGCUGCGCUGGAGAAUCACUUUUUCUUACUUAUUUUGGAUAAAUAAAGCCCCCCAUCUCCCCCCCCCACCCCCC